CCGGUCUUUGAAGGCCUAGCAGCAGCAUUCAUGGUGAUAUUCGGAAUCAGCAUCGUCGACUACCUAUAGUCCACUCGGUUUCGUUGAAAAAGCGAUUUAUCAGUUGGGGUACUUCCCUCGUUAGAAUUACAGAAAAAAUGAAUAGUUUCUGUUUGGAUCAGAAUAUAUACAAAAUCAAUUAGAUAAACUAACAACAGGUCUAGUUCAAAUUGUUCAACAAGGAAUUCAAAUCGAUGAUCAACAUUUAAAUGUAAGAAUUUUAUGGGCAAGAGGUAAAAAUUUAUUUAAACAAAAUCCAUUAAAUGAUACAAACUCAUUUCGAUUAGAAGAUUAUGUUCAACAAAAAUCUGUUUUAAAUCAUCGAGCAAUGAGAAAACAUGGUUUGUAUAUAAAUCAUUGUGGAAUGGGUUCGAUGCAUGAGUCGAUUUUCUACGGAAUACCUCAGUUAGCAUUUCCAUUGUUUGUUGAUCAAAUACAAGUUGCUGUUAGAAGUCAUCAAUUAGGUACGUCAUUAUUGAUUGACAAAGAUAAUUUUACACCAGAUGAAAUUGUUUAUAAAGUAGAAACAAUUGUACGUAAUCCAGAAAUUUAUCGUUCAAAUUGA